AUGGAUAGCCCCUGCGAGAAUGCCAAACAGGACGAAAGGGGAGCAGGUCCGAAUGAGGACAACGGACUCUUGGACACCACCAAGCUCUGCUGUCUUGUUGGAGUGGGAAAGAAACUGCCAGAAACCAUCGAGUUACGCUGCGACCCUGUCAAAGGCGAAGGUCUAUUUGCACGGCGCGACAUUUCUGUUCAUGAGCCAAUCUGUGCUCUACCAUACUCCAUCUUCAUGGCUCUCGAGACGGAGAAGCUUCCAACGACAUGCUAUUCUUGCUUGGCCGUCACAUCCUCACACAUUCCCUACAUCAAAGGCUCCGCUCAGGAAGAACUGAGCUUGAAAACAUGUACAGGGUGUUCUCAGGUCAAGUUCUGCGGUAAGGCGUGUCAGGCGAAGGCCUGGAAGGCUUACCAUAAAUUCGAAUGCAGGAUUUUCGAUCUUUACCGCCAUAACUUCCCUCCUAUGAUGGUCCGAGCGGCUAUGCGUGUUGUCCUUCUGAAAGACAAAGUCUUGCUAUCGGCACAAUAUUGGAACGCGCUUAUAAAAGACCUCGUCUCGCAUGAACAUAUCUGGAUGGCCGCCCCUGAGAACAACAUCACGGCAAUGGUACGUGAUAUCAAAUUUGUCACCAAUUCAAAGCUGUCUCUAGACACCCUUACCAGACUAUUCUGGGUCAUGCGAACCAACUCAAUCGAGCUUCCCGUCUCGGUACAUGGGGGCAUCGGCACUAUGCUUGAUCCUGUCUUCGCCAAGUUCAACCAUAAUUGCGAUGCCAACGUUAUGCUCUAUCGACCAUGGCACACCGCUAAGAGCGGCUGGAACCUGGAAUCUAAUCCUAACUCUGAGCAAAGAAGCAUAUUCGCAACGGUUAUUCCCCUUCGAGACAUCAAAAAGGGCGAAGAGCUCACCAUCUUCUACUCCAACCCCACCCUGUCCGUCAAGGAAAGAAACGCAAAGCACAUGAUGAACUACUAUUUUGAAUGUACCUGUUCCAGAUGCAUUGAUGAUACCAAGGCCGCUGCCGAGGUCGAAGACCGGCUGCCCGAUUUAUCGGCCCAGUAUGUAGCGUGGUCGCAGGAUGUGCUUGGGCAACUGGAGCAGUUACAGGUGGAUGGGGAGGCAGCACGUCUAGCCUACCACAAAGCAAAUCAAGCUUGGGAGGAUGGUAUAGCACAAUAUCUGGACUUCCCAGAACUGUACACUGCCGGUGACUUUGACCAGAUAUCUCUCCACCUGGCGGUCAGUGGCCUCCAGUUGGGCACGUUCGACAAAGCACUGAUCAGCCUGCUACGGUCAUACUUUCUCAUCUAUCCCUCACGCAUACCAGGCCGGCACAACUAUUCCAAUAUUCACAUCAUGUUUGUCAUGCUUGAGACUUUCGACAUUCUGCUUGGCAACAAUUGCAAGGACAAGACGGUGGAAGUCGUCAAGCCGGCCGAUGUCAAAGGAUCGCUUCGACGGCUUUCGAAGCGUGGCCUUGGCAUUCAAACAUUGCUAUAUUGGAGGCUGCGAAUCUCUGUGCACCUGCGGAAGUGUCUCGAGGCAUCGGCAGCAAACGACUUGCUUCCACUGGUUGCACGAAUGCAGGACCGCGUGCUACUGCAUAGAGGCUAUUCUAGUAGCUCUGAUGCUGCUAUUGAAGGAGACCGGUUUGCUGAAGACGCUCUGAAGAAGUACCUCAAGCUGUCGGAGGCUAGGUGGAAAGUCGUCCUGAAGGAGACGGGUUGCUAG